GGUUGUUUGAACCAUUGAUCCCUAUCAUGUAACCGGUUAAGUUGUCUGCUAUUUGGGUUUUGACUUCGCGUUAGGUAGUCAUUCGACAGUGUCAUGUAUGAUUUUCUACUAAUUUAUUCAAACAUAAGUUUUGUCCGUUGUUUAGUUGACUGCAGGUGCCCUAGUUUGUACAGGAACGGAUGUUUAUGUAGAUAUCUUGUUACAGUACCAAGAGUUUGGGUUGGCAGUAAACCUAAGACUCAUCAGAGUAUUUGUGUGAAUGGAAAUUUGCCAGACUAAGUUGUGAUCCAGGUCCUUUUAGUUCUACACAUCAACACUCAUGGACUUCUCAUCAUGUAAGCACCUUCCGUGCUUCUUUGAAGAGCAAACAUGCAACUCCUUGUGUAGAGCAAUUUCUUCAUCGUAACCGAAAUACAAUGAUAAUUCCUCGAGCCGUCCCUUUCCGUCCAGAUUGUGUUCAGUAGGUUCCACCUAUUCCAAGCAGAAUCAGGUUUUAUCUUCAUUUCCGCCGCUGUUUGAUUGACCUUCCCAAAUUCUCUGUACAUUUAGUGUAUACAUUUACCUUUGCUCUAGUUGCCAAACGAGGUAUAGGGCCUAUGGUCCUCAAAGACUCUGCUCUUACCAUGAAAUGUUACUAGUUCCAUAUUAAGACCCUUCAAUUCUCAGGGCACAGGUUGAGUGGUGUGGAUGGUUUUUCUGCGUGUCCUUCUCCUUAGUUAGAAUUUUCCUCUCGAGGUGGGGUUGCUAACUCUACACUAGGUCCUUAACUAGCGAUCGGAACAGAGGCUCCGUGCAGUGUCAUAUAUGUAUCAAGGGCUAUAUGCCCAUCACUGAGCCACUGGCUAAGUGGGGAUUACGGAAGACUGUGCUUGGUACAUCUCAGUUUUCGGCAUAUACAGUUCUAAUGAUGGCAUGCUCUGGGUCUAUUCGGGGUUUUGGACGUUUGUACAACCGUUGUGGCAAAGAGCACGUGGCUCCGUACCUUGUCAGGUAGUGCCUGGACUGUGCACGAACUCAUUCGCGUUGAUUGCUUACGGUGAUAUGUCAGCUUUUUGAUAAUGACAAGAAGCUCGAGUCACUAGUCCUUUGUCUUAAAUUGGGAUAAAUCUAACGGAAACCCUGACACCAUUUCUCAGAAGAUGCCUACCCAAUUAAAUGUUAGAUGGCUGUUGUCGGACUCUAUAUUUUGGACAAUCUAGAACGAGUACGUAGUCCGACCUAAUCAGCUCGCAAGAGAGCUUGACUCACUAACCAAAUUAAUUGAGUAAGUCAAUUUAAAUUAUGUUGAGGAUAUAGAUAAUUGAAACAUUACCUUAAGCUAAUCCGUCGCUUAACUGCACCAUAUAGCUUUCCGAGUUUUGGCAAUGUAUUCAUAACUUAAGAUCUAGCAUUCAAGUGCAGUAUCGCGCAACACUACCACAGGGAUUGUAGCCCAAAUCCUUUAAUUCCAUGAAUGAACCGUCAGAUUGAAGAUUCAGAGUCCCGGUAAUUAUACCUGCUUAUAAUUAAACUGCACACACCUAUACGUACCACUCUGUACUGACUGAGAUCGAGAAGUACUAAUCUACUAUUGAGUUCAAGAUUAGAUAGCACUAACAUACGUAAAGUCAAGUACUACUAAUUUCAUAUCAACUACUUUCUUUUCCAUCACUCGAAACUUGUUUCACUUGAUGGACAAGAGGACAAUCUGGUUGUUUUCGGGUAAUUGGCAACGCUUGCUCUUAUCUUCUAGUUGUGAUAACUUUGAUCAAUUUCUUGGCAGACAGGCUUUCAUUUUACUUCCAGUGACUCAGAAUAAAGUCAUCCAACCAGAAGUUAUUUAGAGAUCUUCGAUUUUUCUGCCUGAUCAGGAGCCUUGAGACAUGCUCUACUUUUGGUGCCCGAUUUUAUAUGCUUAAAUUGUUAAAUAAGAAGCCGAUUUUACACGACACUAGUAGACACAUCAUUAUCGGUUUGCUUUACCAGACCGCAUCACCACAUUGCAAUAAGAUCAUUUCAGGACAAAUCCUAGAGUACUGGGAGUAGCAAUUGAGAAGAUCAGGUAUAGAAAAAAGAAAAUGUAUCGAGAUUUUGGGACUCAGGUUUUAGGAAAUGAGUGAAUCCACCUACGUUAUUGCGAAGAUUCUGGACCAUGUCAACCAAAAUCUCUAACAGUUGGUUUCGAUAUUCGCGGAUUCCAACCGUGCUGUCUACACUUAUCUGCAUAGCUCAGCCCAAUGGUCAAUGACUCCAUGGACUGGUGCCGUGUCUUAGUUUCACCUCCCACUGGUCUCUCAGUCUGUUCCUACACCAGACAUCCCUGUUGAAGGAAGCGGUAGUUAGACAUACUCAAUGCGUACCAAUAACCUUAGGUGACCAUUGCGUAGGCUUUUUAUCGGGCUGAGUUUAAGCUGCCUACGCUCCUUAUCGUGUUCAGGCCAAGACGUGAUGAAUUCUCGAGCAUCCAUCAGUUCAGUGGGCGCUGCUGAAAUCCAUUGAUAUCUCUUCACGUUCUGGCCCAAGUUACUGGUAGGUAUCACAGCUGUUUGAGCACCAUGUCCGACUGCCUCGAAAUGAAUAUCACUCAUGAUUGAUUAGUUGUUCCUGAAAUAUGUUCAUUAAGUUGAACCUCAGGGGUUUUGUUGUGCCUUUCCUACGUCCAGUAAGAUGCAGCUAAAUACGUGCUUGCACUAGACUGCGACUCCAGUCUAAACAUGCGUCCCAGUACGGUCGACAGCCUACUGUUGAUCUCCUCCAACGACGUCUGAUGGCGAUGUGGUCUAUUUGCGUCCAUCGCUGAUCCGAUUGUGAGGUCGCCGUAUCAGAUGGUGUUUAAAGUUGGCGCUUGUUAUAACCAAGCUGCUAUUUGUGCGUAAUUACUGCAUCCGUUUGUCGUUAUCUGUUCUGCGAGCCGCAAUACCGUAAGACCCACCUAACUGACUUUCAGUUUGAUUUAAACUAUCUACCUAAAAAUAACAAUUACCUCCCACCAGGACUAUAUCUGAGUGUUUGGCUUUUUGGAGGUCGGAAGGCUUUCCAUGAAACUCACCUUCUCCUUGAUCCAAAGCGUAGGCCGAGGCAACGGUGUGCCCUCAUAUUAUCGAGGUUUUGUCCCGUUUAGUCGGACAGCACAAAAGCGACUGUCUGUCAGAGUCCAGUUCAAGAAAACUUGUUCUGAUUGUGAACUUAGUGCUAUAGCCUGAUAUGCGAGACCGCUGCAUUGGAGAUCUGCAGACAGUGUUCUGGAGUCCUAUCUUUGUUAUCCUGCUGUGAUAUUCGGCACGUUUUAUUAUUGUGAUCUCCACUAUUUGUAGUUUGUUACACGGUUCUAGCGGACCAGAGAUAACAUUUCUUUUAAAGGUCUUACAAUCAGAGACGAAAUUCUUUAGGUUUAGUUGUGACAUUUUUAGACAUCGACAUUUCUUACCCCUCUCCGUUGUUUGGAGUCACCAUCGUUUCAUAUAUUGGUUAUAUGAGCCAUGCAUUUGUGCGGUCAGUGGUAUUACUUCUCUCUCGAACAUUAAGUUGCUGCUCUUAAUGGUACUGUUGUUUUCAAAUCAUUUGACUCGCAUGGUAGGACCUGCAGGAACAAAAGUCUGAUCUAGUGCAUCUCGAUUGAGUCAUUAUGAUAGGUAGCCUAAACCAACACGUUAGUGUAAUUGCUACAUUUGGACAAUAGAUAAUAAGGCCAAACUUAUUACCGUUGUAGAUCCACUAAUGUACAUUUGGAAUUCAUAUUUUUGUCAAUGUUUUUUAAUGUAUUGUGACUUUUAAUCAGAUGAUAGCUAAAAUGAACUAUUAAUCCGGUUAUUAACUAAUGUCUAUUGUUUUUCCAGCUAUGUGGCCUCAUUUCUCCGCUGCUGCCUGGACAAAAUCCCUCAUUCAUGGCCCUCCACCAUCCGUUGAGGAAAAAGUGGAUAAUUCUGAUGGCUGGGGAGCCCUAGCUCGACAGUGGGCUCAUCAGCGUAGUAGCCAAUUGCAGCCUCAUUACACUAACAACGUAGCUCUACCUCCUCCUCCUCCUCCUCCACCUCCACCUCCACCCCCACCACCCCCUCCUUCUCCGCCUCCGCCACCAAUCGCUUUUAUACCAGCAACUCAAAUCCAGUCAAAUACAAGCAACUUAGUUUCCAAUGCAUCCAGAGUUGACUCCAGCCACCUAUUAAUCCAAAACUCCCUAUUAUGUGCACAAGAGAACCCCCUUCCCUCACAAAGUAUGUGCUCAGUACCUGAAAAUCAGGGGGCUCCACAGAGUUCUUGGUCUUCAUUCGAAAAUUCCAGGGUCUCGCAAAAUUCGUGGUCUACAAAUAGCGGUCAAGCAUAUUCACAGAAUUCGUGUACGGCACCUCGAUAUCAUGGUCCUCCUCAAAGUGCUUGGCCAUCCUAUAAUAAUCAUGAGCGUUCCCAGAAUGCUUGGCCUUCACAAGCAAGCUUACAAAGCAAAUGGUCGGCACAUGAAAGUCACUCUUAUGGUAACCAAGUUCCACAGGGAUAUAGUAAUACCAUUUCCCUGCCAGGUCCUUCGUCUCAAUAUUAUGAACAUAAUCACCAUCAAAUCAAUUAUCCUUCCAGUGAAAAUUCAAACAAUCCUGGUAUACAUUGUAAGUCUUAUGAGGAACAGUAUUACACUGUGGGGAGUGGCCAUACGGGUCAAAACACACGCUAUCAAAAGAGAUGGACUCAAAAUGAUCAGGGUGAUUGCGAUUAUGGUUCUCACGCUUCAGAAGUUUAUGAUUAUAACCAUUCUUACUCUCUUGAAAGGUCAUUUAACUCGUCAGCUGUCAGACCGGCUAAUCCUUAUAACCAACCCUAUCCACGUUCUAACCAGAAUAAUCGUAACAUGUGGCCUAGAAAUCCCGAGUCUUUCCAACCCGUAGAAAGCUUUCCUCCACCUGAGCCAUUCAACGAUAUGCACCUUCACCGUCCGAGUUAUCAAUAUCAAGAUGAACUUAAAUAUAUUCCUCUCAGUGAAGAUACAUCUGUGAAUGAAGGUAAUCAAUUCCGUGGAUGUCAUGAUCACGACUACCGCAUAACAAUACAGAGUCCUACAGUUCCGUCUGGUAGUAUGGAAGAAAAUUGGAAGGAUGUGGAUACUCGUCCUAUUCUGCCUAGCGACAGUGGUCACACAAGCCCGGCAAUAUUUCCGUCGGCUAUUGCAAAUAAAGCCUUGGCUGAUCCUAGACCGAUUUCGCUUAUCCCAACUCCCAUUAUUGAAUCUUCGUGUAAGCCCAGAGGUCGUAUCACACAUCUGCCCGUUCCGGAACACCUAAUGACAGCUUUCGAGGAAGCUGCUGCAAGCACUGGAGUUUGGCCUCCAAAAAAUUUAGAACCAGAACAAACCGGAGGUGGUAAUACCAAACCUCGUGCUCUCCCCGCAUGGCUUCGUGAUGAAUUAGAGAAAUUGGAAAAGAAAAAAGCUAAAGAACUGGCCGCUGUAUCUGGAGCUACUGUUUUAGGGGCUGCUCCUGAUGCUAAAAGGGAUGAUGAAGGUGAUAUCGUUAUGGAGGAUGAAGCUAAAACUGAUGUCCAAACACUAAAAUCUCUAUUGAACAAUAAUGAGGAAUCAGAUAGUGAUGUCAAAGAACAGGGAAGUCCUUUUGAUGUCUCAAGUAAUCCUGUUGGUGACCUCCAAUCCCCGUUUUCAUCUCGAAGUCAACCUCCUGCGGAAUCAGAGGAAAUCUCAAACCCUGAAACUGCGGUAAAACAACUAACUACAGAUAAUUCUCAAAAUAUUUUACCCAACACUCCUGCAUCAUUAACGCCUACACAUCUGCUAUCCCUUCAAGAAUUUCAUGAGUUGUUCGCAUCACUAUCGGACGAAGAACAAAGGACUGAAACGGCUCGUUUUAUUACCCGGACGCUGACGGAGGCUCUACUGGCUGUUACAACUGAACUCAUUGACGCCAUAGUAGAAGAAGUAAUGACAGAAGCGGUUUCAGGAAAAUCGCAUGUUCUACCAUUAGAAGACUCUCCAUAUGUUGAGAUAAAAUCCCCAAUUCUAGGGUUAGUCUCUUAUAAUAGUGAAAGUGAGUCAGAAUCUGAGCAAAACGUGCUGGAAAGUAAACUACCCACAAGUAAUAUAUCAGGUAUACUACCAGGUGAUGUUCCUGAUGAUGUAAAGCAUGAUUAUACAUCACAGAAUAGUCCUAGUAACGAAAAUAAUAAAAUUGUCACUGAAAGUGGGAAAUUUCAAACUGUACAAGAAAAGUAUUAUGAAAAGCAAUCUUAUUCUUCCAGCAUUCAUCAGAAAUCUUCUAAACGCCAUAAAAAUGAAAAAGAAACGGAUACGGCCGUCACAAUUUCACGUUCGCAUUCCAAACAUUCACAUAAAAGGAAAACAAAUCCACGGCAUUCCCAUCGUAGUCGUAAGAGGGAUUUUCGUGAUUCGUCAACAGCUUCUUCAGAAUCUUCAAGUUCGAAUCAUGGGAACCAAAAAGUAGGACUCUCUCGAUUCAGUCGAUCCUCAGAAGAUCACAGUGAUAAUGUUCGGUCACCAAAACCUUAUUUUACGAAGUCCAGUCAUUCGAAACAUUCUCAUCAUAAAAGUCAUCAUUAGAUUUGUACACUUUCCUGUACGAAGUGUUAACCUGUCUUCGGUUUGCACUUAUAAUCCUUAGUUCACAAGUGAGAUUUCAGACAGGUAUGGAAAUAUUCGGUUUCCCAACAAUACAACUGUUAAUAUGAUCUUAAUUUCUUUUUCAUAUAAAUAUGUGUACAAAGUACGAAUCAUUUGUCUACAUAAAAAUAAUCUACUGCC